AUGCAAGGAGUAAUCUCAAAAGAUGAAUUCAGCAAAACUUUAAAGUUAAUGAAAAAAUUGACCGGUAUUGACGACAUAUCAAUGGAACUUAUUCAAAAUGUGAGUACAGAAAUACAGAACGAGCUAUUUAAAUUAGUUAAUGAUAUAUACACUACGGAAGAGAUCACAGAAGACUUCAUAAAGUCAUUAUAA